AUGGUGAAUCCAAUUAUUUUCCUUCUUGCCUUCGCUACUCUACACACAGUUGUUGCCUACCCCUACACCUCCACUGCAACUCCCUCAAAUGUCUGGAAUUCUAGUAACGGUGCCAUUCUGGGGAGUGGCACCGCCUUAUACUCAAUCUACUUUGGAUUCAACAGCAUGGACGGUCAUGCGUUCACUCUCUCUGUCUUCCUCCGAGUGAGUGGCCCCAUCUGGUCUGCCAACCCUGAUAAUCCUGUAAGCCGAGACGCCAUCUUGACCUUCACCAAAGAAGGGAAUCUGCUGCUCAACGAGGGUGAUGGCACCCUGGUCUGGUCCACAGACACGAAGAGCAACUCAGCAGGCAUGCGCCUAGAUUUUUCGGGAAACCUUGUGUUGUUUGAUCACAACAACUCAUCUUUGUGGCAGUCAUUCAAUCACCCGACCGAUACAUUGGUCCUGGGGCAAUCACUCUGUAGGGGCAUGAACAUAAGUGUAAAACCAUCCAACACAAAAUGGCCAUCUGCUCGGAUUUAUCUUUCUGCAGUGUUUGAAGGGCUGCAGUAUUCUUACCAACCAACAGGCUAUUCGAAACUGAUCAGUGACACUGCUAGCACGACACCAAAUUGUUAUGCAUUUGUCAAUGGCAGCUUCGGAUUCCCAGAUCAGGUCUUCUCACUGCCGCCAGCAAGAUCAUUGCAAUAUAUGCGGUUAGAGUCCGAUGGCCAUUUGAGGCUUUACGAGGUUCAGCAUGACAACACAGUCCCACAGCCAUUGUUUGAUAUAUUAAGCAUAGCCAUGAAAUUCUGCGAUUACACAAUGGCCUGCGGUGAUUAUGGUGUUUGCAGCGAUGGACAGUGUUCUUGCCGUAGUUUGAGCUAUUUUAGGCCCCAAAAUGAACGGCAUCCAAAUGCUGGGUGUACGCUCUUAACCACUAUUUCCUGUGACCAUGCACAUGAACACCAGUUGCAACCACUCAACUAUGUUUCUUACUUCAGUGAUAGCAUGUUCCGGUCAUUGGCCACUCCAAGUCUAUCAGAAGAGGUCUGCAAACAAUCUUGCUUAACGGAUUGCUCUUGCAGAGUUGCCUUAUAUUAUGGUUACAGUCAGAAUGGUUACUGCAUGUUGUUAUCAGAGCAGAAGCUAAUUUCUCUUGCAGAAGUUUCAUCGGACAAAAACCUUUUUUCAGCAUACAUCAAGAUACAAGGCAAAAAGACAAGAAAUAGGAGGAUCAGAACUAUAGUUGGCUCAAUAACUGCAGGUUUCUCCGCACUUGCGAUCUUAUUCUCCAUUAUCAUGUGGAAAUUGUGUAAGAAAGAGGAAGAACCGCUCUUUGAUAGCAUACCUGGGACACCAAAGCGUUUCUCCUUUUACGAGUUGAAGGAAGCUACCAGCAACUUCUCUGUGAAGCUUGGGAGUGGUGGCUUUGGGUCAGUCUUCAAAGGCAAGAUAGGAAGUGAAACAAUCGCCAUCAAACGUUUGGAGGGUGUUGCACAAGGAACUGAGGAGUUCUUAGCAGAGGUCAUGACAAUUGGCAGAAUGCAUCACCUCAAUCUUGUCAGGUUGAUAGGGUUUUGUGCUGAGAAAUCUCACAGGCUUCUAGUCUAUGAGUACCUUUGCAACGGUUCAUUGGAUAAAUGGAUAUUUCAUGCACCUUCUGCUUUCACUCUGUCUUGGAAAACUAGACGUAACAUCAUAACGGCCAUUGCCAGGGGUUUGUCUUACCUCCAUGAAGAAUGCAAGGAAAAGAUUGCCCACUUGGACAUCAAGCCACAGAACAUUCUCCUUGAUGACAAGUUCAACGCAAAGCUCUCUGAUUUUGGACUAUCGAAAAUGAUAAAUAGGGACCAGAGCACAAUUAUGACUCGAAUGCGAGGCACUCGUGGAUACUUAGCUCCCGAAUGGCUGGGCUCAAAAAUCACCGAGAAGGCUGACAUCUACAGCUUUGGCAUUGUGGUGGUGGAAAUCAUCUGUGGCCGAGAGAAUUUGGACGAAUCGCUGCCCGAGGAGAGCGUCCAUCUCAUAAGCCUGCUUGAAGAAAAGGCAGGGUCUGGUCAGCUGCUUGAUUUAGUGGACAGUGGCAGCAAUGAUAUGCAAUUUCAUAUGGAGGAGGUGAUGGAAGCGAUGCGGCUUGCAAUGUGGUGCUUGCAGGUUGAUAGCAGCAGAAGGCCCUUGAUGUCAACAGUCGCAAAGGUGCUGGAAGGUGUGACGAGCUUGGAGGCUUCACCUGACUACAGCUUUGUCCCUAGUUUUGCAUCAAACCACACUGGUGCUGCAGGGUCAAGUUCUUCCUAUGUACCAUUGGGAUCACAUUUAUCAGGGCCUAGAUGAAAGCCUCACAACAAUAAGAGGCAAAUGUAUCAUGUUUUAUCUUAUGCUUUGCAAUGCAAAUAAUGAUGAUUUUACCAGUAUCAUGUUUACUGUUGUUGCACUCACAACUGGCAACGAGGACUAGAAUGUACUCUUGAACCUGGUUUAGAAUUAGUUA